CUUGCGGGGAGGGAGAUGAGCUCCCGGGCACCCCUUCCAGGAAGGCAGGAGGGACAGGGCAGCACAGAGCCCCCCGAAGGCAAGAGCCACCCCUGGGCCCCGCAGCAGCACCUAGCGGGGAGAAGCCUUCCCCAGGGCUCGCUGCCCCACUCCUCCAAGCCGCUCACAUCCUUCCUCAUCCAAGACAUUCUGCGGGACGGUGCUGACCGCGGAGCUGCGGGGAAAGGGAGGAAGAGCCGGGGAUACUGCGAUGCCUCUAGCCCGGAGCCUGCGCUGGACGGUGCAAGCUCCGCUCCCCGGGAGUCAACUGGGAAACCCCUCCCUAAAGGGGUCCCCCCGCCGCCCCCGGAGCAGCCCGGAGAGCCAGCCGCAGAGGCAUAUACGGAGACCAACCUAUCAGACUGUGAAAACCCUCUGAAAUCCUCACCAAGCAACCAAAGGACCCCGAAGCAGCAAAAGCGCUCACGGGCAGCCUUCUCCCAUACUCAGGUCAUCGAGUUAGAAAGGAAGUUCAGUCAUCAGAAGUAUCUGUCUGCCCCGGAGCGAGCCUACCUGGCGAAGAACCUGAAGCUCACUGAAACCCAGGUGAAAAUCUGGUUCCAGAACAGAAGGUACAAAACCAAAAGGAAGCAACUAGCCUCAGAACUCAGUGGACUUGAUAAGAACUCAGUUUUCCCAGUCCUUAAAGAAGAUGAUGUCUCCCGGGCCUCUCUGAUAUCUGUGUGUAACAGCUACCAAUACUAUCCAUACCUGUACUACUUGAAUGGCUGGAGUCCCUCUUUGUGGUAACUACAGCUAAAGACUUCAGCUUUUCCAAAGAGAAGCUCUUUUUAUUUUUACUGUUUUGCUUUUUCUAAUAAUGGGUGGGGGUUGGGGGGGGAGCACUUCUGACCAUAUUUUCAGU